AUGAUUGAUUUGUUUGUUGGGUUGUUGAGAAUCGAGAAGCCGGACUACUACGAUCUCAGGCUCAAUCCUGGAAAUGCAUCCACGGAGCAAUUGAAGGGAAUGCCGCCUACAACACUUGGAAUUGCUGGCUUGGAUCCGUUGAGAGACGAGGGUUUACUGUACGCCAAAUUACUCACCGAGUCAGGAGUUCCCACUGAGACGCAUAUCUUCAGAGGAGUCCCCCAUGGAUUUCGCCGAUUCGGGGACAAGCUAUCCGAGUCGAAACAUUGGGACAAUGUGACUGACUAUGGUAUCGAGUGGGCAUUGACUAAGCCGACCGCAUCUGGACAUUUUGUUAUCCAUGAGGCUUGA